AUGAAGGUAGAGGAGAAAUUAGCGUUGAGAUAAGUUUAAGGAAAUGAGAGGAACUAUAGAAAUAAAAAAGGAAACUCAAAAUGCAUGGUGAAGAGUGGGAGAGAAAUUCAUGCCUUAAAAAUCAGCCACAAAUAGAAAGAGAGAUAGUUCACCAUAACUAUAUAUAGAAUAAGGUGCAAAAGCAGUGAUAUGCUUGCUUAACUUCCUCCAUAUAGUAUGUUUGUGUGUGUAUAUAUAUAUAUGAUCCUUUAAACUAGUUUAAACAUGAUCUUGAGAAAUAGAGAAAAUAAGCAUUAUCAAAUAUAAUAAGGCAGAAAAGAAAUAUAUAAAAAAAAAGAAAAAAAGUGAAAAAAAAAAGUGAAUUAAAAGAUGAAAAGUUUAGGAAUCUUGCUCAUUUGCUUAAGCCUAGUAGGGCAGAAUGUGGUAGGAACGUUUCCAGGUGGGGUGGGACUCUUUUCAUUACCUGGUUUGGGAGGUUCAGGAUCAGGAUCAGGUUCAGGAUCAGGAUCAGGAUCAGCAUCAGCAUCACUAGGACUAGGACUAGGAGCAGGAGGUUCAGGUUCAGGUUCAGCUUUAGGUUCAGGUUCAGGUUCAGGUUCAGGUUCAGGGACAGAGUCAGCAAUAGCCCAAUUUCAAAAACUAUUUCAAUUUCCAAACCCAAUAUUCCCAUCAUCAGGGGCUAGUGCUGGGGCUGGGGCUGGGGCUGGGGCAGGGGCUGGGGCCGGGGCCAGCGCCGAAGGGCAAAAAGGAGGAGGGUUGGGAGUGGGAAUACCGGACAUGACUAGUCCUGAGGCACAAAAAUGCAUGCAGUCUUUCCAUAAUCCAGCAAUGAUAACAUGCGUACAAGACUUAGGAAAAGCAUUCCAAUCACAGAAAAUAGCUUUAUCUCCUGUUUGUUGUACUUUCCUUAAGCAAAUGGACGAGACUUGUGAACCUGUUGUCCAUUUUCGAAAUCCUUUUUUGCAAUCCUGUCUCGAGAAGCACUGCUCUGGAGGAGCCGCAGCUGCAGGUGGUGAUGCGUCUGCAUCUGCAGGUGCUGACGCUUCAUCAACUGGCAGCACGGCUGCCUCCGGAUUUAGUGAUGAAACAGGACCAGGAGGCCCUGGAGCCGCAGCUGGAGCUGCGUCUUUCGGAGCAGGAGCAGGAGCCCCAACUUCAUUUAGUUAGGUGUUAGAUGCAGUGUUGUGUUGAAAUACGACAUUACUUCAUUUAGAGGCACACUAUGGAAAUAGCCAUAGGCGAAUAAAAGUCCUAUAUCGUGCAACUAAAAUUUGUAUGUCCUCAUUAGGCAAACUUGUUAACUUACAAUAAUUGUCCUUAGUAGCCUUAUAUUAGCAAAUUGUAUCAAGUUACAUGCCUCAGUUUUGGAGGGAUAUCAGUUCUUUUGUUCCUUGAAGAACUUUCCGUUUUACUUAUUCUUCAUCAUCUUCUUUUGUUUUCAGUAAUAACUGGUUGUAAUGAAUUUGAUCGAUCAUUGGAAAUGAAGCAUA